ACGGGAGGGAGGGAGCGAGCGAGCGCCCCGGCGGAACCGGCGCCCCCAGGCAUGGCCAGCUCGUGCGCCGUCCAGGUGAAGCUGGAGCUGGGGCACCGAGCCCAGGUCAGGAAGAAACCCACCGUGGAGGGCUUCACCCACGACUGGAUGGUGUUUGUCAGAGGGCCCGAGCACAGCAACAUCCAGCACUUCGUGGAGAAAGUCGUCUUUCACCUGCACGAGAGCUUCCCCCGGCCCAAGAGAGUGUGCAAAGACCCACCCUACAAAGUUGAAGAAUCUGGGUAUGCUGGUUUCAUUUUACCAAUUGAGGUUUACUUCAAAAACAAGGAAGAACCUAAGAAAGUUCGAUUUGACUAUGACUUAUUCCUGCACCUUGAAGGCCACCCACCUGUAAAUCACCUCCGCUGUGAAAAGCUCACAUUCAACAACCCGACAGAGGAAUUCAGAAGAAAGCUGCAAAAGGCAGGAGGGAUCAUGGUAAUGUCAGAUGGCACAUCCUUCUCUUCAGGACAGAGCCUUCAUCUCCCCAGCCUUCCCAGUAACUCCCUGUCUUUUUCGGAAGUGAAGAAGAAAUCAUCUCAUGGGCCAAAGGACCCGACUAGGAUUCUGAACAUAAAUAGCAGCAGCAGCAGUAGUAAUAGUUUUUCAAAGACCCACAAGUUAGCAAAGGAGCACAAGGAAAAAACUUCUAAAGACUCAAAAGAACAUAAAAGUGCCUUCAAAGAACCUUCCAGGGAACACAGCAAAUCUUCCAAAGAAUCCUCUAAGAAACCCAAAGAAAACAAACCACUAAAAGAUGAAAAAAUAGUUCCCAAGAUGGCCUUCAAGGAACCCAAACCCAUGACCAAGGAGCCAAAAUCCGAAAACACCCCUAUCCUUACCAUAACAGGUGGGCAGCCACAAGAAAAGAAGACUCCCACAAAAAGGCCCUCUUUUCUGGACUCUGAUGAGCCUUCUGCAAAAAAAAGAAAAAAAAGUGGCUCGGAUUCGUUAUUUAAAAGUUUUUCUAGUGCCCCACCGCUGAUUCUUACUUGUUCAGCUGACAGAAAACAGACAAAGGAUAGAUCUCAGCUCAAAGUGGGGAGAGUCAAAAUUGAAAAUGAUGCACUGGAGAAGAAGACGCCCACUCUGCCACCAUUUGAAGAUAUUGUAGAUACCAAUGAUUCUGACAUGGAGGAAAACACGUCCUCCAAAUCUGAAUCUGAACAGCCCAGUCCUGCCAGUUCCAGCUCCAGUUCCAGUUCCAGUUUUACACCAUCUCAAAACAGCAGACAACAAGGUCCGUUAAGGUCUAUAAUGAAAGAUCUGCAUUCAGAUGAUAAUGAAGACGAAUCAGAUGAAGCAGAUGAGAAUGACAAUGAUUCUGAGGUGGAACGACCAGUAAAUACUCGAGGAGGAAGCAGGAGUCGCAGGGUUAGCCUGAGUGAUGGCAGUGACAGUGACAGCAGUUCAGCUUCCUCACCACUACAUCAUGAAACAACACCACCUUUACUGAAAACCAACAGCAACCAGAUUUUAGAAGUGAAAAGUCCAAUAAAGCAAAACAAAACUGAUAAACAAAUAAAGAAUGGGGAUUGUGAUAAGGCAUAUCUUGAUGAACUAGUAGAGCUCCACAGAAGAUUAAUGACAUUGAGAGAGAGACAUGUACUGCAGCAGAUAGUGAAUCUUAUAGAAGAAACUGGACACUUUCACAUCACAAAUACAACCUUUGACUUUGAUCUUUGCUCACUGGACAAAACCACGGUCCGUAAACUACAGAGUUAUCUGGAAACAUCUGGAACCUCCUGAGGAUUCAGCAUCUGGCUGCAUUAAAAACCGUUCUUUAAAUGAGACAUUCAGAAUUAUUCAACCAACAUGGCGGGGGGGGGAGGGGACAAAACAACCCUCUUCUGCUUUAUUUUUCUUUAAAGCCAGUCAUCAUCUCUUGAUAAGGGAGAGGAAAAGCGAUAAGACUCAGAGGACCACUCUUCUCAAGAAGAAAAUGCUCUGGAAGUUUGCCUGGAUAGCCUUGAAAAACCAACACACAAAAAUCAAACAAAAAACCUUGGUCUUAAUGAAUGUGUAUGGUAUCAUGUAUCUCUCUGUGUGGUGUUCCAGUCCACAAGAUGAAUGCAUGUUCAGCACACUGCCUUAUUACAUAACUGAUCUAUUUAUUAUUGCAUACAUGUAUUCUAAAGCCCAAUGAGUCAUUGAAUGACACUACCAGAUGUUGCAAGUAGUGGGGUCCCAUCUGUGCUCUUUUGAUGCAGUACUAUCACGAGCCUAAUAACCUUAUUCAUCCUGAAAUGCCACUUCUUGCUAUCUUUCUCUAGUCACUUAAAACACUACAGUGUUUUAGCACUUCCACAAUUCCAGGAAACAAGAUACAAAGUUGGGGAUCAAAGAGUGGUCCUAUAUUUUGUUACCCAUCUGCUAUGGUGGGUUGGACCACAGAAGGUUGGACCGCAGGUCCUUGGCUCAGUCCAUUUAUUGAUCUUGACCAUUUUCUUGGUAGAAGAUGCACCAAAUAGGUUUGUAUGACUUGCUGUCUAGCCUUAGUGAAUAAACCAGUAGGACUUUUAACAAAAAAUGUUAUGUAUACUGUCCUGAAUCCAGCAUUUUUUGCAGUCUUACAUUCUUGUGUCUGUUUCAAUGUUAUAAAAUUAAAUAUAUAUGAGUGAAGGUGUUCUGCAGGAUCAUCAUAAAAGGGGAAAUUCUGGUCCUGUCUUCUAAAGAAAUGUUGUAGAAAAUUCUUAAUUUGGAGCUAUUUAUUACUACAACUUUCAACCUCUGCUGCCAGGGUGUGACUCACUUUUACCAUAAAACUUGCAUAACAUUUUUGUUUGUUCAUAUAGUAUAUGGUCUACUUACUUUAUUUUGGGGAUUUGUUUCUGGUUUUGUUGUUUGUUUUGGGUUUUUUUACAACUGUUAAAUUAAAACCCUUUAUUUGAAAAGAAGAAAAUCUAGUUUUAUACAGUUACAUGUUGGAAUAAAUACAUAUAUGAUAUAUGGUAUAUAUGCGUGUAUAUACACAUAUGCAGAUACCUGUGUAUGUGUGUAUAUAUAUACACACACAUGCAUAUAUGCUUUCUACGCUUUCUAGAUUUUGGUAUCUAUUCAAUAACCACCUUGUGUUUCCAGAAGGAUUUCUUGGCCAUAAAAAUGAGUAUUCUUUCAUGCCAUCCAUUAUUCCUUAAAAUCCCUGUUGAUGCAUGAUCAAAUGAGAGGAUGUGUACUCAGUUUCACAUCAGUGAUCUGUGCUUUCAUAUUGCUGAUGGUUUCUUGAUGAAAUCAUCACCUUUCCAUUAGAAGUUCAAAUCCCCCAAUGACAAGAGAAAAUAAUUUUAAAAAUACUUCUGGAUGCAAAGGUUUAUUCAGGUUUACCAGCCUUAAAAAUAUAUCUUGUUUCUGGACAGGCCAGUAUGUUGUGUGUAUGCUUAUAUGCCACAUGUAGUUUGUAUGUGUAGAGCUGAACAGUAGUAUCUGUAUGACUUACUGUUUCAUGCGCAUAGUUUGUGCAGCACUGUAAAACUAAAUUCCUAUUGGGGUUAUUUCUUAUUCAGAUGGUAAAUCUUAAUACUGUUUCUUUAAGUCCAAAGAAAAUUUUACACUUUAUUCUUUUUGAGUGAGCGGGAUACGGAUUGGGUUGGGAGGCUUUUUUCUUAUUUAAAAUGUCAUUUGACCACACUCUGCAGGAAGUCCUUCUUAGGCUUCCCAAGAACAAGUGUACUUUUUCAGUAAUGUUAUGACUCUUAUUGACGAUUGGCAUGAAGCAUACUUGAAGCGUUACGUUGUUCUUUUAAGUCCGUGUCUUAAUGUGCAAUUGGGGAGGGAACGGGGAGUGGAGUGUAAUUUUGAAGUUACUGUUGACUUAAGGCAGGUGAUGGUGGGGAUGGGUGCAUGUGAAGGGGAUAAAAGUCAAUUUUUAUUGAUUAUUUUAUAUGAAAAUGUUUGGAAAUCUAAAAGCAACCUUAAAAAUGUUUGGUCUACUAUUGUGUGUUCAACUUCCUAUCUUUUAGUUUUACCAGAUACAUACAGAAUUUUGUCCAUUUUGACUUUUCUAACUGAAUUUUGUGGUAAAAAUUCAUUGAGUUUAGGAGGGGAAGAAUCCUAUGAUACUUUUAGUAUGAAUAUUGCACUGUUUUGUUAGAAAGGGUGAAAUGAAUCAUUUUACCCUUGAAAUACUAGAUAAGCUUUAUUGUACACUGAGAAUAGGGGUGAAAGAAAACAGCAAAUGGGAGAAUGGGCAUAAAAGACAGACAACAGCAAUUCCAGUAUCAAGUUGCUGCUGAACUUCAUCCAAAUUUCUUGAUGUGGAUCAUCUUUAAACUCUUAAAUUUUCUAAUUUGGUGGGUGACGAAAGAAGGUAAACUGCAGUUGAGUGUGUGCAUGUUACGUUUUCCACAAAAUUCUCAUAGAGUAAGAAUUACUAAGUGUUGGUCUAAAUUUAAAAAAAAAAUAGCUUUUUUGUCAAAUUUUGUAUGCGGAAGCAAAAAAAAAUUCUUGUUCAAUUAAUUUCAUUCAUUCAUAUUCAUCUUAAAAUAAUAAUAAAAAAAAAAAGAUACCCUUCCAAGUCUUUAACAUAUAUAAGCAUUGAUCUUUGGGAUGGGUAAAAGUGUUUUGGCAAUACAUGUUUUGGAGUUUUACUUAACUUCGUUUUGAAUAGCCUGAUGUUAUAUGUGAGAAUUUGGAUUAAUUCAUUGAAGUGACCAGACAGAGGUCAGCAAUAAGUUGCAGUAUCUAAAAAUAAUUUUCAGCUUAAGUGAAUCACUGUUAUUAGAACAGUAGUUGUAUCUACUAGUAAGGACAGUUUUUGUCUUGCCACUAACUUUUCACCUCAGAAAGUUGAUGUCCAGUUGGGUAGACAAGUUUUAGUAUUUUUUUAGAAGUUUUAAUCUACUGAGAGGUUUUACAAAAAUUUCAGUAUCAUCUAGAUUUGAAGGCUGUCUUAGUCCACACUAAAGAGAAAGAGCAACAAAGGAAGAAGAGAGAUACACUGAAGCAAGGAAAGUCUUCCACGGUAAAACAAACCCCAUGCUUAGUCUUCAGCCUUUGGAUCAUAAGAAAUAGUUCAUCAUUUUUCUCUCUCUUCUUUUCGUUGGUUGGGUGGUUUUAGGUUAAGUCUGUUCUUUCAGAAGCAGAGUAAACACAGUACAGUGCAUUUGGAGAGCCCCAGUAUAUUUCUAUUAGUUUCUUUUAGUCUGAGGGAAGGAAAUCAAAAGUUGCUGGGUUUUGCCUGAUUCAUUCUCCUUCUUUCCCAU